AUGGAUUCACGAGACUACGCAUUCAAGACAUUCGGCGAUGCUCAACAGAUCUACGCCACAGCCCACUGGGCUAAGUCACAGACCAAUGCACCACUCGGCAUUGCUCUCGCCUUUCACGGUGGUGGCUUCGUCGUCGGUUCUAGGAUCAUGUUGCCCAUGGUGCAAAUAGAAUAUUUGGCCAAUGCUGGAUUCGUUGUUGUUUCGGCCGACUACCGACUAUGCCCCCAGGUCUCUUUGUACGACGGACCUAUCGAAGAUGCGAAGGACGUCUACAAGUGGUGCAAGGAGUCUCUUCCAGGGCUGCUGAAGAAUGACGCGGCACUUGAAGUGGAUCCUUCCCGCACCGUCGUAUUCGGCCACUCAGCCGGUGCUUGUUUGGCUUUGCACACGGGUGCUCUCGCAGAUCCCCCACGUGCCAUUCUUGAUUUUUAUGGUGUCAAGUACACGACAGAUCCUUUCUGGUUUGCGCCUUUGCCGGCCCUUGCGAUGAUCCCGGCCCUUCCCAAGGAAUUCCUCAACCAGGUUUUCAACGAGCCAGUGUCUUCUAAUACUAUGCUUUCCCUGGAGCGCGCGACAAACACCAGUGAUCAACCAAAGACUAAAGGUUUGCCUCGUCCUGACCUUUCCGUACCGAGAAACGCAUGGCUAUUCGUUAGUUUGAAGGAUGGUACACAGCUUGAGGCCAUCGUCCAGGAUGGAGAUUAUAAGCGUGUCGAUCCUGUUAACUACUUCUCGGAGAAGUUCCCCCCGACAUUCUUUAUCCACGGCGAUGACGAUGGCAUGGUCAUCCCCAAGUUCAGUAUCGAAGCCAAGGAGAAGCUUGAAAGCCUUGGAGUUGAGACUGGAAUUUUGCUACCUGAGGGUAAGUCUCACGGCUUCGAUGUUGGAAUUGAGCUUGAUGAGCCGGAGUUUGCUCCUAUUCGUGCCGGUCUUGAUUUCCUGAUUGAACACGCCAAGCGCUAG